UCUGCCUCUUUUCUCUGCGUCUGCCUUAUCUUUACCUCAGCAGUGAGUCGGGGCCACAGCUCCCAUGCGCUCUACACUCUUAAAAACUUCUCUUUCUUUUGGAUAAAUGGAGACAACCUGAGCUUUGAGGAUUUAAGGUGGAACAACCGGUUUUGUGAAUAUACAAAAAAAAAAGAAAAAAGAAAAGCAAUCAAAAGAAGCUAGACUACCACACCUUUAGGCCAAGUUUGAUUUCCUUUGGACUCUUCUGACUUCAUAUCAGGUAGUCAGAGAUGGAGAACGGCACAUUUGAUGAUGUGGAGGCCUUGUGGGAAAAGGUGGAGUGCAAACGCUAUGAACUGUGUCGCAUCAUCUCCCCGGCAAAGCUCACUCCCUACCUCCGUCAGUGCAAAGUCCUGGAUGAACAGGACGAGGAUGAGAUUCUCAACUCCAUGCUGCUGGUCUCCAAAGCAAACCGCACAAGCCGUCUACUUGACAUCCUCCACACUAAAGGAGAACGGGGUUAUGUGGCAUUUCUGGAAAGUCUAGAGUUUUACUACCCCGACCCCUACAAGCUUGUCACAGGGAAAGAUCCCACACGACGCUUCUCCACCAUCGUAGUGGAGGAAGGUCAUGAGGGUCUGACCCACUUUCUGAUGAAUGAAGUGAUGAAACUCCAGCAGCAGUCCAAAGCAAAAACCCUGCAGCAGGUUGAGCUCUGCAGGAAGAACUGCACGCUGGAAGAUGAGCAAAAGAAGCUACAACUAGCCAAUCAGGAGCUUCAGGCCUUUCAGCAGAGGUACAAUAAGUUAAAAGAAGAAAGAAAUACCUACAGUGAUGAGCUGCUGAGAGUAAAGGAUGAAAACUACAAACUGGCCAUGAGAUAUGCCGCGCUGAGUGAGGAGAAGAACCUGGCUGUGAUGAGGAGCCGAGACCUGCAGCUAGAGAUCGAUCAGCUGAAGCACCGGCUGAACAAGGUGGAGGAGGAAUGCAAAAUGGAGAGGAGGCAGAGUCUCAAACUGAAGAAUGACAUUGAGAACCGGCCAAAGAGAGAGCAGAUCUUUGAGCUAGAAAGAGAGAAUGAGAUGCUUAAGAUCAAACUACAGGAGCUACAGUCCAUCAUACAGCCUGGCCCCUUACCUGAAUCAGACAAGGCCAUCCUUGACAUUUUGGAGCAUGACAGACAGGAAGCACUAGAAGAUAGACAGGAUCUGGUCAACCGCCUCUACAACCUGCAUGAAGAAGUCAGACAGGCAGAGGAACUACGAGAUAAGUAUCUGGAGGAGAAGGAGGAUCUAGAACUGAGGUGCUCCACACUGCAGAAGGACUGUGAGAUGUAUCGGAAUCGCAUGGACACCAUCAGCAUCCAGCUGGAAGAGGUGGAGAAGGAGAGGGACCAGGCGUUUCGAGCCAGGGACGACGCCCAGCACCAGUUUUCUCAGAGUCUCAUUGACAAAGACAAAUAUCGCAAGCAGAUUAGAGAGCUGGAGGAGAGGAGUGAUGAACUCAAUAUUGAGAUUGUACGCAAAGAAGCCAGGCUCGUCACCCUGGAGUGUCGCCUCAGACGGCUGUCCAAAGACAUUGUCCAGGAAUCGAGUCUACCAAGGGGUCUACCUCCAACCAUCAUCUCUCAGGUGGGGGAGUUUAAACCUGUGCAGGGUCAAUCAGAAUGGUCUAGCGAUGAGUCACCCGAGGAAAAGUUCUUAUCUGAGAAAUCCCGCCUCAAACGCCGACCUAAUCUAAAAGCUGGGAACAGAGUAAAGUCUCCAGUCGGUGUACCCAAAGACCUUCAAUCCAACUCAGUGGCAAGUCAACCAACAGCUUCAGCCCCAGUUACCAGAGGAGAUUUUCUGGAGAUUCAGAUGCCAAACUUGCAAUACAAAAGCAACUCACUCCCUCCCUCCCCCAGCAUUCCGAUGUCUCCCACUUAUCCUACCUCUUCAGCUCUCCCGUUCUCACCUUCCCCAUGCACCUCUCCACUCCCGUUCCCAAAUGGAGACCAGUCGAGUAGGCCAAUUUUGGUACGUUACCGUAACGACAGCAUAGUGUCGAUGGUCGCUGAGCCACCUGAGAAGGCAUCGCUGUACCGCAGAGAGAGGGAGAAGGAACAUGAUUUCCAGCCCCGCAACCUCUCAGACUUUGAUAGUGACAACAUGGAAAUGGAUCUGGAGGAUGAAGUGCAGCGGGGUCCACCUUCUGUCCACUCAUCCUCUUCCUCCCAUCAGUCAGAAGGGAUGGACACUUACGACCUAGAGCAGGUCAACAAUAUCUUCAGGAAACUUUCACUGGAGAGGCCAUUUCGUCCGUCUCUGUCCUCCUUCUCUAGAAUCAGCUCCUCCCUGAAGCCGGUGCAGGAGCUUUCGUUGUUAGGCGACAACCUGCUGAAGGACAUCACACUUGUUGGCGGCAAUGACAGAGGGAUUUUCGUCUCGUCUGUGCAGCCGGGCUCUGCCGCUGAGAAGGCAGGGCUACGAGAGGGCCACCGCCUCCUGUUGCUUGAGGGGUGCAUACGUGGGGAAAACCAAAGCAUUUCACUGGAUACCAGCACUCAGGAGGAAGCCCACUGGUCACUGCAGCGCUGCUCUGGACCAGUCACACUGCAUUAUCGAGCCAACUUUGACUCUUUUCUUGGUCUCCAGAGGGCUCUAGCGGAUGGCACGUUAGCUUCUGGUGACUCAUUCCACAUACGCGUCAACCUCAAUAUCUCUGAACAGUCAGACAGCUGCUCCUUGUCUGUGCGCUGUGACGAGGUGGUGCAUGUUCUGGACACCAGGCACCAGGGCCGCUGCGAGUGGCUGUGCGCCCGUGUGGAUCCCUACACUGGCAAUGACCAGGCAGACCGCGGCACUCUACCCAGCUACUCACGAGCCCAGCAGCUGCUCCUGGUAAAGAUUCAGAAGUUAGUGUAUCGAGGGGGGAAAGAAGAAAACGAAAUGUUCCGUAACAGCAGGAACGUUUUACAGACAGAAGAAGUUAGCCCGUCUCCUGAUCCUAAAGCUAGCCCACGCUUGUCUAGAGCCAGCAUCUUCCUCGCUCAGAUACUGCAGUUUGUCAGCAGGGUGGAUAUCAAGUACAAGCGAAUGAACAGCAACGAACGAGUGAGGAUCGUCAACUCAGGCAGCACAACACUACCGAGACAAGGCUUUGACAUGCUUAGACCAGAGGAUGCUGCCGACCCAGACAGUGAACUGAGCAGGAGUUUGAACCUGAUUCCCUACAGUCUUGUCACCCCUCAGCGGACCCAAAGAAGAAGACCAGUCUUGUUCAGUCCCACUGCUCUGGCCAAAACCAUUAUCCAGAAAAUACUUAAUAUGGGUGCAGCCAUGGACUUUACUAUCUGUAAACCAGAUAUCCUGUCCAAAGAGGAGUUUAAUCUCAAACAGAAUGUGGAGCCCUUCAUUCACUACAAGGAGAAACACACAACAAUCGAAUGUAUCACCCGAGAAAACAUAGAGGCCGUUGCUGCCAAGGGCAAACACUGCCUGCUGGAGGCUGAGCUGAGCUGCGUCAAGGACCUCCUGCGGAGAGAAAUCUACCCGAUUAUCAUCUACGUCAAGAUCUGUGAGAAAAAUGUCAAGAAGCUACGAAAGUUUUCUCUGCGUACGGAGUCUGAUGAGGAGUUUGUGAAGCUGUGCCGGGCAAAAGAGAAGGAGCUGGAGGGCAUCCCCUGCCUCUACGCCACCCUGGAGCCUGAGGCCUGGGCAGGGACGGACGACCUCAUCAAGGUCAUCAAAGACCGAAUACUGGAGGAGCAGAGGAAGACUGUAUGGGUGGAACAAGAACUCCUGUAGACACAGAUGUAGACAAUAGUUAGUACAUGAACAUACAUGUGUAGCUAAGUACAAAAAAACCACAAAACACAUCAUACAUUGUGUACAUCAUGCUUUCUUGCUCUUAUAUUUAUGCUCAGACUUAGAAUUCACAUGUGGACACAGAAAUUCUUUAAAUAAAUGCAUUAUGUAUUUUGUAAAUGUGCAUCCUUGAUUUAUAAAAAUAAACAAAUGGAAAGGAUAAAAGUUA